AUGUAUGCCACCACCAAGGAUGGCAGCGAAGGACCAAUAACGCAAGCUGAGAUGGAGCAGAUUGCAAAGUCAGACCAGCGCACUUUCAGGACUGUACGCGAGAAAUGCUCACACUGCUGAACGCCGUACUUUUGGCACAGCCAACUACCCGCCGGCGCGGCGCAUGCGUCGAGGUGUGCAAUGUCUCCCAACUUCUGUCUCAACACUUGUCCUUCACCGCUGCUACAAAUGUCCAGCAUUUGCUGAUCCCACUCGCGAGCUUCUGGGUCAUAGAGUCCCGUCAUAGCCGCCUCGGUGUGGUUGAAGCUGGAUUUGAUGGCGGUAAGUGACAGUUGCGCAAAGUUCGAGGGAAUAGUCGUGCUCACCUAGGCAUCUUGCUUGUCAGAACAGCACAGAUCAGCGAGCCUGCAGUGA